AUGCUUCAGACACAUGGCGGCCCCCAAGACAACCGCACCGACCGCACCACGAGGGAUGACGACAGAGGGCAUGACCGGCCCAUGCAGGCUCUUUCGUUGCCCAAGAACCGCAGCACGGGAAACCUGCAUCUAUCAGCUGACCCGGCCGAUCGCAGUCGAUACCGAGCCUCCUUUGAAGCCUCGUCGGCCGGCAUCGCGGACCAUGACUCAAUCACCAGACCAUCUCCGAUCACCGACCACGAGCACGGCUUGGGUCUCUCUGGCCUGCGCCGCAUCCGACAGCAGCAUCCUCCCUCCCGAGCGCCAACCCUGCCCAGCUCAAAUGCAUCCUCACGCAGCCCUUCCGUCGUUGCGCUCACCCGCUCUACCUCCAUGACCGCAAUGCUCAGCAGCUACAGCACUCCACCUUUCGCGGGAGCUCCCAACUCCCCCAGCUUUUCCGAAGAUUUGUCGCGGUUUCCUUCCGAAUCUUUGCACUCCUUCUCCUUUGCGCAUCAGUCAGAGGACUUUCUGCACAACCGCCAAAAUGUCCUGAAGCGAUCCCUCGAGUUUAUGAAGGACCGCAUGGGCCUCUCCAUGACCUCGACCCAGGCCGGUCUUGCCAGUGCCCAAGCCCGGGUUACCGGCGAUGUCGACGCGCAGCACAUGCUCGAACUUCUCGCGCGGGCACAAGUCAUUGGCGCUGGAAACCUACCGAACCCUGACCCUUCAUCUGUUGUUGUACCGCCAUUGACUGGCCCGGCAGAUCUGUCUGCCGAGAAUGUGUUUGAGAAGCAGUUUAGCCCUAGAGCGUCCAUAUCAGAAUCGACAACGGCGCCCGAUGCCACCCAUGCCUCUUCACAAGAAGGGCUUUCUCGACGCAACGAGACGUCCUCGGUGUCCGCCGACGCUACCUCAAAGCCGCCAAUUCCCAGCAGGCCGACGAACUUGAAGCGGACCAUGACGGACACCCAGGGCAUGGCUUUGCAAGACAAGCUGUUGGACACAAUGUCCCAGCCGUUCCUCCCCGGCGAGCCCUUGUAUGAAGAGCCGCUGGUCUCCCCGGUAUCGACAAAUCUGCCGGCCGCACAACCCAAGAGCUUCUCCACUGCCAUCGGCCCUGCGGUACACGGACAUACAAACAGAUGGGUGCCAGCCGCCCAGGCAAUCUUCACGACCGAGGCGAAACCACCCUGGACGAUCUUGGCGGCCAACGAUCUCGCAUGCCUGGUCUUUGGCGUAACAAAGGCCGAGGUCCGGAAAAUGGGCAUUCUCGAGGUUGUGCAAGAAGAGAGGCGGGCGUGGCUUGAGCGGAGGCUCCUGCAGCUGAGCGAUACGGACCUAGAUGAGGACGACGAUAAAGCCACUCCUGCUGCUUCUGCUGCAUCCGCGUUGCUGGGCGGCAGGUCAGGAAUCACCGCUCAAUUGCUCAGCAAGCCCAACUCGCGAACUCCGCCAUCUCAGGUGGCAUCCCCGAGGCGCGCCCAGACGGUUCACAGCGGAGAUCCAAACCCACCGGCUACACGCACCAGCGGACACCAUCGCAACAACCUCUCGCGUGGCGUUUUGCUGUGCGGCGACGUGGUUCCGAUCCAAAAGCGUAACGGCGCCACGGGAUCAGCAAGUCUCUGGGUGAAGGAAAAGCGCGUCGGGCUGAUCUGGGUGCUUGAGGAGAUUCACGAGGACGUGGCGUAUAUCGUCCUGGAUGAGGAGGGCAUCGUGCAGUCUGUUACUGGAGCGACUGAGCCCAUCUGGGGCUUCAAGUCGAUAAAGCCGGGCUUUGACGUGGCGAAGCUCAUUCCUCGAAUUCCGCGCCAGGGAAUUGACCCCAAUGAGGGCGAGAUCGACUUCGCCCAGACCAGUCGGAGGCGGUACUUCACGUGCCCCAAUUCCCACAAGGCGAACAUCCCAUGCGCCAUCGAGCAGGUCCGGGGAAAGCUUGAAUUACGCGUCUCGACGUUCCCCCAUAUGGCCGGCAUCGUUGUGGUCGAGCCGGAAACACUCAAGAUCCGAAGCUCUAAUUCCGUCUUCUCCGGGGCGCUGUUCGGCUACGAAAAGCCCGAUGGCAUGCCCAUCUACUCCCUCAUUCCCGACUUUGACAAGAUCCUUGCUACUCUCACAGAGGAAGACGGCCUUCAGCUACUCGACGGCAUGGUGGUCCCAGAGCACAGAUUCCGGAGAGCAGCAGCGUUCUUCGCCCUGAAAGAACAACGACCCAACGCCGCCGCGGCCUUUUUGCAGCCAGAGGGCAUACCUGCAAGACAUCGGGACGGCUCCGAGCUGAAAAUUGACGUGCAGAUGCGUGUUGUCGAGAGCGAAAAACACAUUGAUCUGGCUGAGGACAGCGACUCGGACACGGCUGAAGGGGGCGAUAGGCGAGCAUCCGUGUCCCAAUCAGAGCUGGUUUUCGCCCUCUGGAUUACGUAUUCCCGACACCUACACACGUCUGCCCUGCAUCUAAACAUGGAAUCUCCUGAUGACUCGGUGGUCAUAACGCCCCCUCACCAACCGUCACCAGGCCAGACUCCUGCCCACACCCCAAUGGAGAUACCUUCAGACUCCGACGAACCCAAGGUCGAGGAGGUCAAGCAGCCAAUUGUCGAAAUGGCUGCUGCAAUCCCUAAGCAGAUCAAAGAGGUCGCGCUCGACGCACUCGAUGCGGCUGCGAAGCUCACGGGCAACGCCAACCCAGAACCGCCCAAGGAGACUCCGCAGCCAGAGAAGGCCGAGGAGGAUGGCGCCAAGCGCAAGACCACCAUUGACGACUAUACCAUCCUUGAAGAUAUGGGUCAAGGAGCUUACGGUCAAGUGAAACUGGCUCGACAUAAGGUAACGGGCAAGAAGGUGGUGUUGAAAUAUGUGACUAAGCGUCGUAUUCUCGUCGAUACUUGGACUCGGGACAGGAAGCUUGGAACCGUCCCCCUGGAGAUCCACGUCUUGAACUAUCUACGAAAACCCGAGUUUCGACAUCCCAAUAUCGUGGAAAUGGAAGGCUUCUUUGAAGACGACGUCAACUACUAUAUCGAGAUGGCUCCUCACGGCCUCCCUGGCAUGGAUCUAUUCGACUACAUUGAGCUUCGUGCAAACAUGGACGAGGACGAAUGUCGAAGCAUUUUCGUUCAGGUUGCGCAAGCUGUCCACUUCCUUCACACGAGGGCUCAAGUCGUCCAUCGCGACAUCAAGGAUGAGAACGUGAUCCUCGACGGCGCGGGAAACAUCAAGCUCAUUGACUUUGGAAGUGCAGCAUACAUCAGAAGCGGCCCAUUUGAUGUGUUUGUGGGCACAAUCGAUUAUGCGGCACCAGAAGUCCUAGCUGGAAAACCCUAUGGUGGCAGGGAGCAAGACGUUUGGGCUCUCGGCAUCCUCCUAUACACCAUCGUUUACAAAGAGAACCCUUUCUACAGUAUCGAUGAGAUUAUGGACCGAGACCUGCGUAUCCCGUUUGUCAUUAGCGAGGAGAGCAUCGACUUGAUCCGCUGCAUGCUGAACCGGGACGUUGUGAAGCGUUAUACUAUAGAGCAGGUGGUUGAACACCCCUGGUGCAAGGAGCAUAUAAGCAAGCAGAAGUAA